CAGUCAGCUCACGUUAUCCUAACCAAUCACCGGCCGCCACGUCAUCCCACCUUCCUUCACCUUCUUCCUCCUUCCCACCAAUUUCAUCAUUCCCCAAAAAAAUAAAAAAACAAAAAAUCCCCAAAUUUUCACCUUCCAACCACCAACCACCGCCGCCUCCGUCAUGUCCGCCGCCGCAAUCCACCCGUCACCGUCGAACCGGAAAAUUCAAAAAUACAAAUCAAUAACCGAUAUCCUGAAAACCGCGAAAUCCGUAACGGUUAAUUACGAUUCCGAUUCCGAUUCCAGCUCUGAAUACAACGGCGUCGUUUGCGAGAAAUGCGGUUCCGGUGAAAAUGAGCAUCAGCUAUUGCUUUGUGAUAAAUGUGAUAAAGCUUUUCAUAUGACGUGUCUCCGUCCUAUUGUUGUUCGUGUUCCAAUUGGCCGGUGGUUUUGCCCUGCUUGUUCCGAUCAUCAUCCGCCUGUUAAAAGUUUUUCACAGACGAAAAUAUUUGAUUUUUUUAAGAUUAAGAAAUGCACUGCUUCUCCACUCAAGAGGAUAUCUCCUCAAGAUUCUAGGAGGCGCAGGAAACGGCUUGUGCAUCAUAAAAGGAGGAGGAGACUCUUACCAUAUACUGCAAGUGAGGAUACCGAGCGCAGGCUGGAGCAAAUGCGGUCUCUAGCUUCUGCUCUAACCUCCCUCAACAUUAAAUAUAGUGAUGAUCUCACCUACUCCUUUGAUAUGGCUCCGAGAUGGGCAAAUAUGGCUAACUAUGAGAAAGGUGGAAUGCAGGUUCUUUCUAAAGAAGACACCGAAACCUUGGAAUAUUGCAGAGACAUGUUGAAGAGAGGCGAGUGCCCUCCACUGAUUGUGGUAUUCGAUUCUUGUGAAGGAUAUACCGUUGAAGCUGAUGGUCCUAUAAAGGACAUGACAUUGAUAGCAGAGUACAUUGGUGAUGUAGAUUACAUUAAAAAUCGUGAACAUGAUGACUGUGAUAGCAUGAUGACCCUUCUUUUAGCAUCAGAUUCCUCAAAAAGUCUUGUUAUCUGCCCUGACAAACGGGGAAAUAUUGCCCGCUUUAUCAAUGGGAUAAAUAACUUCACAUCGGAAUCAAAAAAGAAGCAAAACCUGAAAUGUAUUAGAUAUGAUGUAAACGGAGAAUGUCGGGUCCUCCUGGUUGCUACUCGUGAUAUUGCAAAGGGUGAGAGGUUAUACUAUGACUAUAACGGAUACGAACAUGAAUAUCCAACUCAUCAUUUCGUGUAGGAUCGCCAUGUAUGCUGAUGUAGUUUAGUAUAUGGUCAGUCCAUUUAUUUAUAUCUGUUACCUUUUUUGAACCUUUUUUUUUGCAUAGCCAAAAAUUUCAGAAAGAUUAUAUGCAUUUUUAGGUAUCAAAAGAAUCUAAGUUUAUAGGAGACUAAAUUUAAAGAACUUUUUGGACCAAUUCAUGCACAUGUGAACCUUGCUUGGUCCUUGAAAUAAACAAGACCAAACCAAUUUUGCA